CUUUAGCUGCUCACCUAGCUUAGCUCAUUGGACGGGCCAUGCAUGGAUCCCUCCUGCAGCUUCAGUACUUGACCUGAUCUUCUUCUUGUCUUUGAUCCACAGAUCGGGCCAAUCCGUCGUGCUAUCUUGGUCGAUCGAUCUUGAUUUGAGGUGAUCAAGCUGCUGCUUGGUUUCUCGAUCUUGAUCGAUCGAUCGACAUACUGCACCAUGGAUGAUGGGGUUCUGCUUGGUACCAGUUCGACUCGACACAUCUGCAAGGUGUGCCGGAAGGGCUUCCCCUGCGGCCGGUCGCUCGGCGGCCACAUGCGCUCACAUUCCCUGGCGGAGGUGGCGGCGGCCGACGGCGACACCGACGCUGAUGACGACGACGAGGAGCGCCAAGAACGGCGGGGCACGAAUGGCGUCGCGGGGUCGGGCGGGGGAGGUUAUGCGCUGAGGGAGAACCCCAAGAAGACGCGCCGGCUCUCAGGGCUCGAGGGCGGCGGUGGCGAAGACGAGUGCCUUGGUGACCGAGGCGAGCUGCUCUCGUCGUUCGGGCAAGAGUUGGGCCAAGUGCACCGCCAUGCACCUGGACGUGGGGGCUGUGCCGACGGAAGGGACGUCAGCGUGGAGGUGGAAGCGCCGAGGGAGGACGAGGACGAGGACAUGUUCAUCCCAAGUGAAGCGGCGGUCCUGAUGCCGGCGCCGAGGCGGAGGCGCCGCUCGACGCGCGUGCCGGCCCCCGCGCCGCCGCCUGCUGCUGCGCGCGACGCGUUCGACAAGGAGUCGGAGGACGUCGCGCUCUGCCUCAUCAUGCUGUCGCGCGACACCCCAGGCCGGCGGGGCACGCCGGAUAAGGACAUGAGGAGGCGAGACGGCCUCGCAAGAAAUGGCCACUACCACGAUGCCGACUCUGACGACGCCUCUGCUCUCUUCCAAUACGCGGACGUCGGGAUCGCCAAGAGCAAGAAGCGGAAGGCUGCUCCGAGCCACUCUGGCGACGAGAUACGGGGCCGGUACGUGUGCCCAGGGUGUGACAGGGCCUUCCAGUCCUACCAAGCGCUUGGCGGCCACCGUGCCAGCCAUAAACGCAUUAACAGCAGCUGCUGUAUCGCCAAGGUCGCGCCUGACCAGCCGGAGCCGAGCGUCGAGACCAACGCCUCCUUCAGCACAGCGUCGGCACCGGCGUCGCCGGACGUCGACGGCGCAGACAGAACGGUGGUUGCGGUGAAGGCAAAGAAGGUGAUCAAGUUUGAGUGUCCCAUCUGCUUCAAGGUGUUCGGCUCGGGGCAGGCUCUCGGCGGGCACAAGCGGUCGCACUCUAUUGCCGGCGAACUCUACGAGCGUGCCCAUGCCAAUAGCGAUGCCGGCAUUGUUGAGCCGGAGCAGUCUCUGAUUGCUGCUGGAUUUCUUGAUCUCAACCUGCCAGCACCAGGAGCUGAGGAUUGAAGCAUGGUUGGUCCAAGUUUUGAUCUUUAGGAGGAGAAGGCAUGUACAAAACUACAGACUCAGAUUCAGAUUCAGAUUCAGAUUCAUUCUUUGGAGUUUCAGCUUAGAAGUGAUCUUGGAGAAAAUAAACAACAGUUAUUAGUCUUCUUGAAUUCAUGAACCUUUCAGCCAAUAGGUUAUUCUUUUUACUAGAUUUUUCUUUUGGCUUCUUUGCAUAAGAGUGAUAACCAUCUCAGGCUGAACCUGAGCUGAUUCAGUGGAAGCCUUGCAAUUUA